GUUUUCUAACAGAGGAGUUGAACGUCGCUCGGGCAGUGUGUGGUGAUGGAGGCUAGUGUGACAAACCACAACAUGGUGGCCUUCAAGCCCAGAAAAGCUGGCAGCAGGAGCGGCUUCACUGUGUGGCCGUUCAGAGUUAACUUCCACAAACUUCUGCAGCUCAGCGAUUCGCCAGCUUUGUUUCCACAGGUGGAGACCAGGGAUGUCCUGAGGGCGGUAGUGGCGCUAUUCGACGUGUCGUUCUCCGAGUUGGGCCCCGACGAAAUCUACGACAUCGUGAGUAGCCCCGACAGUCGGACCAUCGUUCUCCUGCGCGGUCACACAGAUGUCCUGGAGGAGUACAGGGGCAGGGGAGGAGCCACCGCGGCUGUGCGCCCGGGCUCCAAGCCUCCCCCAGCGGAGGCAGAAGCAGGUGACAGAGCGCCAGAACGGGGGAGAUUCUGUAACGUGUUCAGUGACAGCGACUCGGAUGACGGCUCGGACGAGGCGGGGGAUUCGGCGGGGGCCGCGGAGAGCAGGUCAGAGUGGGAGGUGUUCAGUGGUGGAGUGGCGGGGUUCCUGUCGGAUGUGCGGGCGCGUCGCGCGGCUCGGCACAGCCCGGAUGGGGAGCAGGAGAUCCCGCCCAGGGCUGUGGGCGCAGAGUCGCUCAUUGUGGCAGCUGCCUCGUACAAGCUGAGGACGCUGGAGAUAGGAGAAAAGGUGCUGGAGCUGUCCUUGCUGACCACCAGGAGGCCCUACCGCAAGUCUGGCGUGGGAAGCUACAUCGUGGAGCUCCUGAAGUCACCUGCAGUGUGUGGGCCUUAUAAGGUGCUGCUGGCUCACGCUGAGAGCAACGCGGUCAACUUCUUCACUAAGUGUGGCCUGACUGAUGACCCCCUGCUAAACGAUAAGUUCAAGGAGGUGAGAGAUGAGUGGACCAACACCACCCUAAUGAGCUACCUGGCUCCUUUUAGCACAGACAUGCACAGCAGGACCCCUGGACUGUCUCUGAAUCUGUGGGAGGUGGAGCUGGAGGUGGAUCUGAUGAGGAAGAAGGCUCUGUCGGCCUACCAGCAGCAGGCGAUAUGUGUGACACGCCUCGUCCACGAAGCGAGCACCCUGAGAGAACAGUUAUCACAGCAAUUACGGGAGAUAAAGUCCCUGAAGAUCGAGCUGGAACUGGAGAGAAAGCAACGCAGCAAAACAGAACAACGGUUCCUGGAGUACAAGCUGAUGAUGAGGCAGCAGCUCAUGGAGAGACCCGGCAGUGGCUCAGACGAACAGGACUACAGAGUGGCUGAUGAUUCGGGGGCGGAGUCGGUGGACACUACAGAGGAGGGGUCAUGCAGGACAGAGGAGGGGCCAGAGAUCAGGCAGGUACAGCUGUCAAAAUAAGUCCUGGAGAAAAAGCACUGAAAUGGAGUGGUUGAUGUAUGCCACUCAAAGCUUUCUAAUCGGAAAUUCUGUUUCUUCUUUAGGCAACCACCCCUCCAGUAAAGUGUGCCACGAAGAGAGAGACGGAGAGAAACACACAGAGCACUCACACGUGCACACAGAGACACACACACUCGCACACACACACAGAGACACGCACACUCUCACACACACAAACGCACGUGCACACAGAGACACACACACUCACACACACACAGAGAGACACACACACACACACACACAGACACACACACUCACACACACACACAGACACACACACUCUCACCCACACACUCGCACGUGCACAUUUGCACAUUUCCUGUUUUCUGACCUCCUGUAUAUAUCUUACUCUACCAACAAUAAAAGCAAAUAUUUCUACUGCCAAAAUAGUUGUUUUGGUCACUACCACCCCACAUCAAAGAGAUUCCACUCAGCAACUGUGUUAGUAACACCUAAGACCCACGCAUUUACAUUACAGUCACAACAACACACA